AUGAAGUACCUCUUUUCCCCUCGCAUGCGAUUCUCGACCUGGCGCAAGCUUUGGAUCUGGCUGGCUGAGUCCCAGAAAGAGCUCGGACUUCCUAUUUCCGAUGAGGGUCUAGAGCAGAUGAAGGCUCACGCCACCAUCCAGGAUGAGGAGUUCGCCGUUGCCGCUGAGGAGGAGAAGCGCCGUAGACACGAUGUCAUGGCCCACGUCCACGCCUUCGGUCUGGUUGCUCCCGCCGCUGCCGGUAUCAUCCACUGGGGUGCUACCUCCUGCUACUGCACUGACAACGCGGAUCUGAUUCUGCUCCGCGAUGGUCUUGACAUCUUGAUCCCCAAGCUGGCUGUUGUCGUUGACAAGCUGUCCCAGUUCGCCCAGCAGUACAAGGACCUGCCCACUCUGGGUUUCACCCACGGUCAGCCCGCUCAGCUCGUCACUGUUGGCAAGCGUGCCUGUCUCUGGAUUCAGGACCUGCUGAUGGACCUGCGUAACCUUGAGCGCGCUCGCGAUGACCUGCGUUUCCGUGGUGUCAAGGGUACCACCGGUACUCAGGCUUCUUUCCUCCAGAUCUUCGAUGGUGACCACGAGAAGGUCGAGAGACUGGAUGAGCUUGUUACUGAGAAGGCUGGCUUCAACUCCGCCUUUAUCAUCUCCAGUCAGACCUACACUCGCAAGAUCGAUGUCGAGGUUGGCAACGCUCUUGGCUCUUUCGGCUCUACUUGCGAGCGUAUCGGUAUUGACAUCCGUCACCUUGCUAUGCUCAAGGAGGUUGAGGAGCCUUUCGAGAAGGACCAGAUUGGUAGCAGUGCCAUGGCUUACAAGCGUAACCCCAUGCGUUCCGAGCGUCUGUGCUCCCUUGGACGUCACCUUCAGAACCUGCCCAAGGACGCCUUGGACACCUACUCUGCUCAGUGGUUCGAGCGUUCUCUGGAUGACAGCGCCAUCCGUCGUAUCAGCAUUCCUGAGCUCUACCUGUGCGCUGAUGCUUGUCUCAUCCUCCUGAACAACGUCUCCUCCGGCUUCGUCGUCUACCCCGAGGUCAUCAAGCGUCGUGUCAACGACGAGCUUCCCUUCAUGGCCACUGAGAACAUCAUCAUGGCCUGUGUCAAGAAGGGUCUUUCCCGCCAGGACGCUCACGAGGAGAUCCGUGUCCUCUCCCACCAAGCCUCCGACAACGUCAAGAAGCUCGGCAAGGACAACGACCUCCUCGAGCGCAUCCGCCGUACCCCCUUCUUCGCCCCCAUAAUUCCCGAGCUGGACACCCUCCUUGACGCCCGCACCUUCGUCGGCCGUGCUCCCCAGCAAGUCGAGAAGUUCACCACCACCGAGGUUGCCGCCGCCCUCAAGCCUUACGCCUCGCAAAUCGCCAAUGCCGGUACCGAUGCUCUGUACGUUUAA